AUGGGCAAGAAACAACAUCAGAAAGAUAAAAUGUAUAUCACUAGCAAUGAGUGGACGACCUUUUACGGAGGCAAGCGCAAAGAAAAUGCAGAAUUUAGACGGUUACCCUUCGAUUGUUGCAGCUUAUCAUUGCAGCCAUUUGAGUACCCAGUAUGUACAUCCGAAGGAAUUAUUUUUGAUUUGCUGAACAUUGUCCCCUAUCUAAAAAAAUACGGCCACAAUCCCAUUACUGGACAGGUUUUAGAUCCGAAAUCUUUAACAAAGCUUGUAUUCCAUAAAAACUCAGAAGGAAGUUAUCACUGCCCAGUAACAUUCAAAGUUUUUACCAAAAAUUCCCAUAUUAUAGCUAUCAAAACGUCUGGAAAUGUAUUUUCUUAUGAGGCCGUUGAACGCUUAAAUUUUAAACCAAAGCACUUUAGAGACUUAAUUAAUGAUGAACCAUUUAAAAGAGGCGAUGUCAUCACUAUACAGGACCCAACUAAAUUGGACAAGUUUAAUAUAUCAGACUUUCACUAUAUUAAGAAUAACCUGAAAUUAGUCGACGAAGAGAGGAUUAAAGCGAAAGAAGAUCCAAAAUACUACCUGAACUACUGCAAUCCUGAAACAGAGGACAUUCUUUCCCAGUUAACCAAAGAUAAGGAAGAAGACUUGAGCACAAAGCAAACGGUCUAUAGACUUGUGUCUAUUUCAUAUUAUGGGUUAUCUACCGCACAUUACUCUACUAAUGCAAUGGCAGCUUCAUUUACUUCUACGGCAGUGGUCCCUGAAACAAAGCAAAAGGCCGCCAUAAUCAGCGAUGAAAUAGUAAGAUAUCAAAAGGUGAAAUCUAAAGGAUACGUUCGUUUGCAGACAAAUUUUGGAAAUCUUAAUUUAGAACUCCAUUGUGAUCUGGUACCACGAGCCUGUGAAAAUUUUAUAAAAUUGUGCAAAUCUAGAUACUAUAAUGAUACUAUCUUCCAUCGCCUUAUACGCAAUUUUAUGUUUCAAGGCGGUGAUCCGACUGGGACCGGCAAAGGUGGAGAAUCUGCUUUUGGAAGGCCGUUUAAAGACGAAUUUAAAUCUAAUCUUGUUCAUCAAGGUUGUCGAGGAGUUCUUAGCAUGGCAAAUUCUGGCACUAAUACUAAUAAAUCACAAUUUUUUAUAACAUUUCGAUCAUGCCGCCACCUUGAUAAUAAACAUACUGUCUUCGGAAAGCUUGUAGGUGGUAUGGAUGUUCUUAAUGUUGUUGAACGAAUAGAAACCGAUAAGAAUGAUCGUCCGAAAGAUGAAAUUAAAUUGAUACAAGCUACCGUUUUUGUCGAUCCAUUUGAAGAAGUUGAUGCUGCUGUAAGUUGUACGGUAUUUAUGUAUUAUUAA